UGCUGUUUGUGGGCGACUCGCAUCUGCGUGCGUUGGUUGACCGUUACGUGAGGAUGCCAGACGGUUGCCUUUCGUUUGGGUUCCUGUCUACGCCUGGGGCGUCUGCCGCUGAGCUCCGCACUGAGUUGCUGAACGCAGACAUCCCCAGAACCCCCGACAUCGUUUGCUUGCUGGCUCCAAGCAACAACCUCACGGCGACGCCCGGCAUCGAAGCGGUUGGAGUUGCCUUCGAUGGACUUCUGAGAGCUGCCCGCAGUCGAUGGCCUAAGGUAGUUUUUGUGUUACAAAAUAAAGUGUAUUUUCAAGGCAGACUAUUUAACAGAAUUGUAUAGUGUGUAAUCCAAAACUUUUGUGCGGAUCAGGUGUUUGUGCUCGAUUUCCCUCCCCGGCUGGCGAGUGAAUUGGCACCGCAACAAUUCCUUCGAGAGGAGUUUCGUCGCGCUGCAGCAAAGAACGGUAUGUAAAAAUGAUUAAGAGAUAAUGUCAGUAUAGAAUAUCUUUGUAGGAAAGCUUUUAGUGUAUCAACACCACCUCUUGGUACCACGUGUAAAAUAUGUAUAUAGUGUAUGGUUUAAUAUUUGUUUUCUUCUGCAGGUGUAGAGUACUGCGUCACAGCUGACCGCUUUCCGCUGGACUCGCGUGCCUUGUGGAGUCGUGAUGGGAUCCACCUGAGUGACGAUCUGGGGAUGCCGCUUCUCGCGAAGCUUCUGUGGCACUUCUCCUUUGGGCAGCUACAGUCACCUCUGCCUGUUACACCUCCGCCUGUGUCUCCUCCCAAGUCACCCCCGACUGUGAGACCCUUUGCUACCACCGUGGUUGUGAAGGGAGAGGUUUCACGUCCACGUCCCCUUGACCCCUUCAAGGAAACUGUCGUCGGACGUCGCGGAAAGCGCAGCCAACCUGAGUCCUGGGAUGCGCCUGAGGACUGGGAUCAGUCUUCCGUGCGGAUCCUUCCUCAUGAGGUUUGUGUGCCUCCUCUGGUCCUGAGGGAGUGCUUUGUCGUGCUAAACCCUAUCCGGUUUAGCACUGACAAGUUGGCUGCAAUGGAUCGCAUUGUUCCAUCCAACCUUGACGUCCCCAUGGGGAAUCGCUCAAAGAAACGGAAGGUGGCACAUGGAACCACGGCUGUGGUCUCCAAAGGAAAGAAGGCCCGCCUUGAGGCACUUCAAACUCCAGCAAGGAUUGCCAAACCUUCGAAGCUGGUACCUCCCCCUCGACCUGUUCCAGAAGCUGCUGUACCAGCUACUCUGGAGGGCGUACCUCCUCCUCGACCUGUUCCAGAAGCUGCUGUGCCAGCCACUCUGGAGGGCAGCGUCUUCGUGCAUUCGAGCAAGAAAGUGUAA